GGGCCUCCUGGGCCUCUUGCCAAGGAAGUGCACCUGCCAGACUGGCUUAGGCCAGUCUGAGUGAGCUGGACCUUGGUGCCUGCCUUUCUGCGGUGGAGGAAAGGUUUACUCAGCUCCACAAAGCCUACAGGUGGCUUACGUAUAGGGAGAGGAGCAUGUAUGGAAGGAAGCUUUUGCAGGUUCCAACUCCUCAUCCACUAGGAGCAGGCAGGGUGAUUCCCUCUGACCAACACUGAUCUUGGAAAGAUGGAAAGCGACAAGAUUAAUGAAGAAUGUUGAAGUGCAACCACAUACUCCAGAUAAUGCUGUUCAGUUAAAGCAGCCCCAUGUCGCUCCCAAGCCCCACCUUUGUGUAAAUCUAUGCGAGCACCGAUGGGGCAUGUCCCAGACCCAUUGGCUCCGCCCACCUCACCUCCUCGCCUAUCGUUAGUUCUCUGCGAAACCGCGAACUGGGGGCGCGGCCUAUCUUCAGCCCCGCCCCUGAUGGGCCUAUACAAGGGGGCGGUUCCGCGCGCGCCCGCCCAGUUGGAGCCAGACAGCGGGGUGGACUAGUGGCGUGUGUGCUGCGACCCCGAGGGAAGAUGAACGGGACGCGGAACUGGUGUACCCUGGUGGACGUGCACCCAGAGGACCAGGCGGCGGCGGGCAGGAAGACCUAUGCCAUGGUGUCCAGCCACUCAGCUGGUCAUUCUCUGGCUUCAGAACUGGUGGAGUCCCAUGACGGACAUGAGGAGAUCAUUAAGGUGUACUUGAAGGGGAGGUCUGGAGACAAGAUGAUUCACGAGAAGAAUAUUAACCAGCUGAAGAGUGAGGUCCAGUACAUCCAGGAGGCCAGGAACUGCCUACAGAAGCUCCGGGAGGAUAUAAGUAGCAAGCUUGACAGGAACCUAGGAGAUUCUCUCCAUCGACAGGAGAUACAGGUGGUGCUAGAAAAGCCAAAUGGCUUUAGUCAGAGUCCCACAGCCCUGUACAGCAGCCCACCUGAGGUGGACACCUGUAUAAAUGAGGAUGUUGAGAGCUUGAGGAAGACGGUGCAGGACUUGCUGGCCAGGCUUCAGGAGGCUGAGCAGCAACACCAGUCAGACCGUGUGGCUUUUGAGGUCACACUCAGCCGGUACCAGAAAGAAGCAGAACAAAGUAAUGUGGCCCUUCAGAGAGAGGAGGACAGAGUGGAGGAGAAAGAGGCAGAAGUCAGAGAGCUGCAGAGGCGCUUGCUAGGGAUGGAGACGGAGCAUCAGGCCUUACUGGCGAAAGUGAGGGAAGGGGAGGUGGCCCUAGAGGAACUUCGGAGCAACAAUGCUGACUGCCAAGCAGAACGAGAAAAGGCUGCUACCCUGGAAAAGGAAGUGGCCGGGUUGCGGGAGAAGAUCCACCACUUGGAUGACAUGCUCAAGAGCCAGCAGCGGAAAGUCCGGCAAAUGAUAGAGCAGCUCCAGAAUUCAAAAGCUGUGAUCCAGUCAAAGGACGCCACCAUCCAGGAGCUCAAGGAGAAAAUCGCCUAUCUGGAGGCAGAGAAUUUAGAGAUGCAUGACCGGAUGGAACACCUGAUAGAAAAACAAAUCAGUCAUGGCAACUUCAGCACCCAGGCCCGGGCCAAGACAGAGAACCCGGGCAGUAUUAGGAUAUCCAAGCCCCCUAGCCCGAAGCCCAUGCCUGUCAUCCGAGUGGUGGAAACCUGAGCUGCCUGGAGAUGGAUGCUGCCAUUGCUGCUGCCUCUGCCUCGGAGAAGCCCACUGCUCCUGUUGGCUGUUAACACUGACUUUGACUUCCUGACUGUCCCCUGGCUGCACCCAGGACUUCGGGCUCCUGUGUCUCACCAUUCCCAAGCCCCUGGCCACUCUAAGCUGGGCAGACGGAGCAUGAGCACCUAUUCAAGGCACUGCAGCCCUUUGGAAGACAUUGUCCUGCGAGCAGGAGCCAGGGCAAUAUCUAUAUUCCUACAGUGACUAUUUUUCUCUGUAGAGAGCCUCCCUUCUGUUGUAGACUGGACUCUGGCUGCGCCAUAAGCCAGGCCUUCAUCAGAUUGGGAGAGGUGACAAGAUUUGCCUCAGCCCUAAAAGCUGGAGACACAGAUGUCCAGAGUGAUUGGAGAAUGUCCUGGGGGAAUGAAGUUCCUUCCACAAACACGGCUCAGUUCUUAGCAACAAACUGUUUGUUUUUCUACUUGCUCCAUCUGCAGCCUACGCUGCCCUGGCCUCCUGCAGACAGAUAGUGGGGUUACCUGGCAAGGCCUGGUGAGAGCCAGUGAACCUAAGCUUUGACUGGGUGGCCUUGUCUUUCUGGGGAGGAGGGAAUGUACAUUCAGGGAGUAGCCUUUUGCGGAAAAAUUCUCUAGGGCUACAGACAGUCAUGUGUGACUUCUCUCUGCUGUGAAAACUCCCAGAGUCUCUUUAGGGAUUUCCCCUAAGGUGUACCACCAGGCACACCUCAGUCUUCUUGACCCAGAGCCUGAAAACUGUUUUCACUGGGUUCCACCAGUCCCAGCAAAAUCCUCUUUGUAUUUAUUUUGCUAAGUUAUUGGUGGUUUUGCUUACAUCUCAUGAUUGAUAUAAUACCAAAGUUCUAUAGCCUUGUCUUGCAGUAUUUGGAUUUGCUUGAAACCGGGAAAACUGUUCCCAUUAGGCUUGUUAAUGUCAGAGUGACACUAUUAUGAAUCUUUCUCUCCCUUUCCUCUGCCUGUUUCUUCUCUCUUUCUCCUUCAAACUUGCUCUGCAGCUAAGGAAGAUGAGUCUACUUUCCCUGAGGCUUUGGGGUCAGAGUAUAUGUUGUUUGGAGAAAGAGGGCGAUCAGGACUCUUCUGGGACCCAGAUGAGUUCUUCACUAGCCCUUCUGAACCCCUUGCUCCAUAAUUGGUCUUUUAUCCUGGCUCUGAAUGACCCUGCAGGUCAUCAUGGUUUUCUUUUUUUAUUGUUUUUUUUUUUUUUUCUGAGACAGAGUCUCACUCUGUCACCCAGGCUGGAGUGCAGUGGUGCGAUCUCGGCUCACUGCAACCUCUGCCUCCCGGAUUUAAGCGAUUCUUCUGCCUCAGCCUCCCGAGUAGCUGGGACUACAGGUGUGCCACCACGCCUGGCUGAUUUUUGUAUUUUUAGUAGAGAUGGGGUUUCACCAUACUGGCUAGGCUGGUCUCGAAUUCCUGACCUCAGGUGAUCCACCCACCUCGGCUUCCCAAAGUGCUAGGAUUAUAGGCUUGAGCUACUGCGCCCGGCCCAUGGUGUUUUUCUUUAGGGCUCUUCCUACAGCCUUGAGAAGUAGAUAGGCAUCAGAGUACGGUACUAUAGGAAUCAGAAAAAUUCAAAACAAAUGUGGAUUAAGUGUUUAGGCUCUAUGUGGCUCACACAGCCAGAAUCCUUAAGUCUGUGUGUUUCUGUGUCUCAAGACUGGGCUCACAUUCUGGCUUUGUCCAUAACAAUGCUCUGGGAUUUCAGGGAGUUCCCUCAUUUGUAAAAUGAGGGGGGUCAGAGCAGGUGAUCUCCAUGUUUCUUCCCUUUCUGAUAUUGUUGUCUGUGGCAUAUUCUUUGUAUGGCGAAUUUAAUAAAUUAUAUUAAUGUGUCUCUUUGA